AAGCUCAAAGGUCCAUUAAACAAUACAAAUCAGGAUUAGAGACAAAAAGGUGUGGGAGCAGGUGACAUGAAAUAAGUUAGUCUAGUGGAUAUGUUUUAUGAUUUUUAAGUGCAUUUUAAAUCUGAAAAUUUAAAACAUGCUUAGAUUGAGAAUUGGUCCAAAAAUUCGAUGAACUAAUUGUUUUAAUUAGGUAUCAAAAGCGCACACAGGUGUAUCGGAAAUUGUAUGAAUGAUUAAAAUUCACUUUUAAGUAGCAUUAAGGCUAGAAUAUAGUUUCAGAAUUUUCAAUACUUUGAAUGUGAAUAUGAUUUAUUCACAGGUCGGUACUAGCUUCAAGAGUGAAUAUAUCAUAAAGUAUUAUUAGUAUGAUCAUCGCAUAAUAUCUAAUAUUGUAAAGUGGAAAACGUACAGAUCAGAUGACAAGUAAGUGUAUCUGAACAUCAAAGCGGAAGUUAAACAGGUGAAUAUACUUCCUGGAUUUUGAUUUUUCUCUUGUAUAUGAUUAAAUUCCUGUAUGUGCUUGAAAUUAAAUCAAUAUAACUUUCAACAUAUAUCAGUGCAUUGUUAUUUCUAUGGCGUAUAAAAAACUCCACUUCAUCAUAACGCUUUUUUCAUGUUCGAGUGCCAUGUACUGCAAAGAAAAAGAUCUGGGUUACAAAUGCUGUGCAAACUACUACUGGAAUUUGACAGAAGGAAAUUGUACUGAAUGUAUGCCAGGAACCUUUGGCCUUAACUGUUCUGAUGAAUGUACAGCUGGCUAUUAUGGACUGUGGUGCUUAAGCAAAUGCCCCGAAUACUGCAAAUCAUGUAAUAAAGUCAACGGAGCUUGUGAUGAAGUAAAAACCAUAACCUCAGAAGAUCUAACCAUGAUUUCUUCAAACAUAAAGAUGGUAACAUCACCAACAGUAUCACAGCAGUCCAUAAGGAACACCAAGACUUUUUCAAUCAUUGGCAUGUUGACAUCACCAGCACCAUUUAGGCAGUCGCAAAGGGGAUCAUUGCUAUAUGUUAUCAUUUCUAUUGGAUCAUUUGUAGUUCUUGUAUUACUUGUGGUUCUAAUGAGAAAUAUCUAUACAAUAACCACACUUCAACCUAAACAAACAAUUCUACUUCAGAUUCAGGAUCAAGAGUCUGAGGCAGCACAGAACACAGUAAACCCAGCUUUUGAUCCUAUAUAUGAAAACCCUAGCUAAGCAAAAACACAGCAUUUUUAUUUCAACUUUUGUCAUUUUUUUUUAUAUCUAGAUAAAAGAGCAUAAUUAUAAUAUUAUGCAGCGAAUGCUUGUAUUUGAUGUUUGACUGAAAUAAAAUAAUUUUACAUUUUCGAAAUAAUGACUUUUAGAAAUGUUUUUGAUCCCAUUCCUGACAAAUGUUUCCAAUGAAUGUUGUUGUAAUAAGUAUUUUGAUGGUUAA